AAGUCACACUUCCAACGUAAUAAAUGAAAACACGUCAGGGAGGAGUAGGAAGUCCAUUACACAGAAGCAGAAAGGAUGCAAGUUAAAUGUGCUGAUCUGAUGCAGCCCAUUUUAAAAUUUGUCCGAGACUGAUGGAUAAUGUCAAAUGACACUGUGGCAAGCACUGGUUAGGCUGUAGCCCCACGGACAUCAUGCACUUUAUCUUUAAAAACUGCAUUUAUCUUAAAACACUACCACUUCCUCCUUAAAAGCCACCGAGACUACUCGUGGGUGUGACUUUAAUCACGUGUGUGCAUAUUGCAGAUUAGGAACUCAGGUCUGUAAACCAAAUUGUGCCAGCCAUAGUUUGCUGUUCCCCCAGAUUAACUACAUUGCUUUCAUGCUAUUUAUUUGUUAUUUCGGCAGGAAUCAAGCAGUUGUUCAGGUAGCUGAAAGAAAGGUACAGCCUACAGCUAGCAAAAGGUCCUGUUGGAGGGGGAUUACCUUCAUCUCGGUGACAGCCGUGCCGUGCAGUUCCCACGAGAUCGGAGCAUUGUUUUUGUGUUGAAUUACAUUUUGGUGUCAGUUAGCGAAGGCAGCUGGGAGGAACGAUGGGGAGUUGGCGCAGAGCUGCCGCUGGGCACGGCGCGGGAGCGGGGAGCGGGCGCGCCCGGGGCUUGCACCGCCCGUGUCCCUGCACAGCCCCGCUGCGCGCUGCCGAGCCGCCUGUCACACGGGGAGCAACCAGCCGGGAGCCUCAAACCUCUCCAUCGCCAGCCAAGCAACGAGCAAAAAUGGACGACAUUGUGGUGGUAGCCCCAGGAACACAAUCCUCCCGGCAUGUCAGCAAUGAUCCAGAUGUCAUAAAACUGCAGGAAAUUCCAACUUUCCAGCCCCUUUUGAAAGGACUCCUCAGUGGGCAGACCUCCCCGACUAACACCAAACUAGAGAAGCUGGACCCCCAGCAGGUGCUGCAGCUGUGUCUCCGGUACCAAGAUCAUCUUCAUCAGUGCGCGGAAGCAGUUGCCUUUGAUCAGAAUGCGCUUGUGAAGCGGAUCAAGGAGAUGGACCUCUCUGUGGAAAACCUUUAUAGCUUCAUGCAGGAGCGCCAGAAGAAGUAUGCCAGGUAUGCAGAGCAGAUCCAGAAGGUCAAUGAGAUGUCUGCCAUCCUCCGCCGUAUACAGAUGGGCAUCGACCAGACGAUCCCGCUGAUGGAGCGGCUGAACAGCAUGCUGCCGGAGAGCGAGAGGCUGGAGCCCUUCAGCAUGAAACCCGACCGGGAGCUAAAGUCAUAGCUGAUCCAGCCGGCUCCCCUCCUCACCUUCCACGCUCCAGAGUUCAGCACAGAUGCGCUUCCAACAGGCUGGCCUGGCAGAUGUUUGAAGCAGGCAGCAGUGCUGCCUGACUCUCUGCCAGGGCAUUGGAGGAAGAGCAGUGUCAGCUGCCAGAACUGCACAGCCAGGAAUCCAGGAGCUCCCCAGUCCCGUCGUCUGGAGAAGAUGAUUUACCGUUCUUUCAUCUCCCUCCUCUUGCCCUCCUGUCUCCUUUACCACUACCACCGUCUGUGCCGAGACAUUUGUUUCAUUGCUGUGACUGGAUUGGAGUUUACAGAGGAGGAGUUAUUUUUCAUCUGAUUAUUAUUUUUUUUUAAAUAGAAAAAUUCAAAGGGAUAUGGGUUGUGACAAACCCUCUAACAUGGUUUUUGUGCCACUGGGGUUUAGGCGAUUAGAUGGCUGGCAGGUAUUUCUGAGAUCCCCUUGCCUUGGAAAUAUGUGUGUUUUAUAGGUGAAAGUGUGGGAGCCAGGAACUGGCUUAUUAAAAUCUGCCUAUUAUCAUAAUUAACAUGGUUUGCAUGGCAGGGUUUUGGCAUGUCCUCCUUGAGCCUCCUGUUUUUACGAGCUCCCUAAUUUAUGAGGCUGUAAAGGAUACGUAUGUCUGUUAAUGUUAAGCAAGCCUUAGCAUUCCUCUCCCCGUUGCCCUAACAAUGUCCCCGUGUCCCAGCUGGUGCCAUUUUGUGUCCCUUACCUUGCACAGUGAUUCUGACAGGCCCCGGCACCGACCUGCUCACUUUACAUCCCAAAGUUGGACACGAGGUGUCUUUUUUGACUUUUGUUGGGACACUCCAGUUAUCUUGGUGCUGUCUUUUCUGCCAGAGGGAUGCAGUUGUUUCUUCACCUUCAGGUGUAUGGAGUUGGAGGGAAGAGACAUGAGGUCCUUUGGGUCUUUGCAUUGGUUUAGCUGCCAGCAUGCCAAGAGCUUGCCUGAGCACGGUGUUUAACGACUGAAACCACAGGGCCCUUUGGGACCGCACUCAGCGAGCUGCUCCAAAGGCAACAGGACGUUCUUGCCUUCUCCCAGGUGGAGGGUCCUGCUGGAAGGCAGGCAGCGUGUCCGCGCCACCAGGGUGCUGGGCUGGCCCGUAGGAGACAGGUUGGUUGCCAAGUCUGCCACUGGUCUGCUAGCUGCAGGCAAUUUGCAGCACCUCUCCGAGCUUUGGUUUCUCCCUGUAUAAAACAGGGGUGUAUUUUACAUGCUGCUGUAAAAAUAUUUACAGAUCUAGAAAUAGCGUUUAACAGCCUGUGUUGCCAUUGCGUGGCAGCUCUUGUCUGCAGCAGAAAGAGCACGAAACCAGAAGUGAGGAGCCAUUGGUUUGCUGGGUCAAAGGUAGGUUUGUGUGUGUCACGUUAGUCCCAGGAUGCUGUUGCUGGUGCGGAGGCUGAAGUGUGCCCAUGGACCCCAAGGACUGUUGUAUGUCAGGAGUGCAGUGCCAGUGGUGAGGACAGUCCUCUUUGAGACAGCGACAGCCCAUCUUCCAGGACAGCACAAGGCUAAGUGACAUGCCAAAGGUGACUUGCUUCGAUACCUCUUAGUAUUUAAGAGCACUUAAUCAGCAAAAGAUUGUCUCUGAGCAUUGGGAAUAAGAGUGCAGUACGUUUUUGACAGUAUUAAUUAAUGCCUAGUGGCAGGAAGCAACGGGCUGUUCUCUUGUUGCAUUCCCAAGGGCCGUGUGGCCUGGAGUGAAUGUUUGUGAUGCAGAGUGCAGCCAGGCUGGGUGCGUAUCUGAACCACGGCAGCAGUUUGACCCCAGGGCCCACUGAGCACGGUCAGAAAGCGGAGUCACAUGGAAAUGAAGCCGCUCAAAAUGAUGGCCUGGGAAGGGCGAUUGACUGCUUCAGGGAGGGCAAGGAACUCAGCAGGAGAUUUUCUAGAAAAGACAGCAGAGUGGGCAUCGUUGUCUGCUGCUUCCACCGCAGAGUUGUUCCAUAGUUGUAUAUACAUAGGCACAUGCUGUUGCACAGGAUAUAACGACAGGUGUCUGUCCUUCCUCGUGUCCUGCAGUAUUUUAACUUGUUUGUUAAAAGCUUACAUGAGACUUAACAACCCAUGAAAACUUGCCUGUCGUGGCUGUGCCCAUGAGGGUCCUCAUUGUCCAUCAUGGAAUAUGUCUCUGCCUCCCGCCGUCAGACACGCCAAAAUAUUCAGCAGCUUUAAAUAGCGGCCGCAGGCGUUUUUGUCCUCUUCGUCCAGAUGAUGCUGUCUGGAAGUUUAGAAUGUGCAACAUUCAGCUGUCUGCCAGACAGGAUCAUGGAUAUCCCACACCCUGGUGUGCUGGAAGCCUAUACUGGUGGGAAGAUCCCGAUGCUGGAUCUUGAGGCAGGGGCUAGGCUGCAGAUGCUCUCUCCUGUAAAGCUUCUAGACAUUUGGCCUUAGGCUAUUAAGUAUCAGAUCAAAGCAUUGCUUCUUGCAGUGCUAAUGAGGGUAAGCGAGUAGUAUUCCUGUCUGAAGGCUGCAGGAGCGAGGGCUACAAAUCCGUUCCUCCCUCGGUUGUGGUAAAACACCUAGGCACUGGGCUGAUAAUGGGCGAAAGUGCUUGUUCCUACAAACACGGGCCUUUGAGUUUGUGGAUAUGCUGCUGGGCCUUUCUGAGCAGGAAGGGUAGGUUGUGCAAAACAGAAUAGCUUAACUAGAAAGAAAUCAGAGCCAAAACGCAAAGGCUGACCUCUUCCAAAGCAUGCAGGUCAUCACCUUCAUUCCACAGGUGAUCAUCUCUUGUCUUGGGUACUGUAAGGUAGUGCACCCUCUAACUGUUCUCAAACAAUGGUUUACAGUUUUAAAUAAAACAUUGUCACUGGCUUCAUUAACUGUAAGUCUGGCCCUCUCGCUUGAGGGAAAGACGUCUCCUGCCUCAUCGUCCUGAGCUGCUGUUUGUUGCUUGGCUGCUCCUUGUUCGCUUUGCUCUGUACCCUGCUUUCAGCUUCAUCUCGGAUGCAGGUGAUGCUCAAGGUGAGACUGUUGCUUCACUCACUUUCACACUGUUUAGCAGGAGACUUGAGAUGUGACUGGAAUUACCUUUCUGCUAAUGAAUUUCCUUUUCCAAGGCAAACACUGUUGGAGAAGGCCUCAGGUAUCUCUCCCAAAUGUGCUAGCUGUUACUUCUACCACGAAGUUAGUGCUAUGAACAGAAAAUAAUUAUGUGUGCUCCACUGAAAACAAACAUUUCUGCUCUUUUCUGCUUUCUGAGGUGGUGUGUGGUCUGGGGUAUAGGCUAAGCUUCUUGAUACGCAGUCUCCUGAAAAGCUGGGGUCUCUGGGUCUGUGGUUCCCCACUGGCCUGAGCUGCUCUGCUUCAUACCCUGACUUUGCUGUUGUGACCCCCUCUUUGUGCUGCCACUGGUGCUCGUUGUAUCCUACACCGCUCCGUGUACUACACGGGCAGAAGAGGUUUGCUUUGUUGUUUCCAUUGUUUUUUGUAAUUUAAUGCAUUGACAGGGUGCUAAAGUGCCAACCUCUGUAGGGCAAUUUCUGUGAAGAUCUGGUGAAGGGGACAGAAAAGAGAUUUUGGCGGGUUUUUUAAAUAUAUGUAUUUAAAAUUAAAUAUAUUUAAAUAUAUUUAAACAUUUAAAGUGUGUUUUCCCCCUCCUCUAAGCUUUUACACAGAAAGAGUAGAAAUACACGUUUUCACAGGCCCAAUCAUUGCAUGAGCCAGCCCCUCUCUCUCGGUCUGCGUGCCAGUGGUUUCCAGAAGUACUGUUGUAAUGUCCCUCCCAUUCCUGAGCUGCCAGGGUGUAUUUUGAUUACCAGCCUUGUGGCUGAGUGUUCUUUGGUUUAUGGGUGGUUAUCCUGUUUGCAGACUUGCUCUACUUCAGCUCCCUACAUGCCACGUGUUCCACAGCUCCAGCAUUAAAACGUUUGGUACCGCUCUUUU